AGCCUCCCACAAAGAAAAAAUAAAUGAAAUAUAACAGAAAAUAUUGUUCAGGAGAAAGCGUAUGCAGACUGAAAAACGAGGACAAAGGAAAAUAGCGCACCCAAAAACAUUUCCAGCAACAGCAUACCGGAGAACGGCACCCAACCCGGGUUAUCCUUGUUUUACACAAAAAGAAGAAGAAAGAACAGAAGGCCCAUGGAUUUUUAGGAUAGCAAAAACCUCAAGUUCAAGAACACAAAUGAACAGAUGUCUUCUUUAUCGGCAAUCAGAGCUUUUGGUUCAUUACUCCUCAGAUUUUCAAAUGGGGGUCCUCUUAAACCCUCUAACUCCUUCUCUCAUCAUAUUUUUCUGAGUAGAAAGCUAUCAUCUCUUUCUUGGUACUCGUCUUCUGGCACAUGGACUUCCUUUUGCGGAUUUCACUAUGGAAACUCGGAUAGAAAGAUCUCAACUUGCCCGCCUUUGUGUAUGGGUAGGCGAUCCUGUAAAAUCGCGGGCAGAAAGACUGCUCAGGAUGCUAAGAAGGCAAAGCUGUAUGCAAGAUUUGGGAAGGAAGUUGUAUCAGCGGUCAAGAAAGGUGGUUCAAGUCCGGUAUCUAAUACAGCUUUGGCUGCAUUAUUUGAGAAAGCUAAGGAGCUUGAUAUACCCAGGGAUAUUAUAGAUCGAAACAUCAAGAGAGCCUCAGAGAAGGGUCAGGAAGCCUACAUUGAGAAAUUCUAUGAGGUCUAUGGGUAUGGUGGAGCAGGAAUGAUUGUUCAGGUGUUAACGGAUAAAGUUAACAGAUCCGUAGCAGCAGUGAGAGAGGUAGUGAAGGACUAUGGCGGGAAAAUGGCAGAUUCUGGAUCAAUUAUGUUCAAGUUUAAACGUGCUCGGGUUGUAACUGUAAAGGCUACGGAUGCUGAUAAAGAUCAGCUUCUUGCCAUUGCUCUAGAUGCUGGUGCUGAUGAUGUCAUUGAACCCUAUAUGGAUGAAGAUGAUAUGGAAGAUGCGGAAAGACACUAUAAGAUUGUAACUUCGUUGGACAACUACACCCCCAUAUUGACAAAACUACGUGAGGAAGGAAUACCAUUUGAAACUGACAGUGGAUUUGAGCUUCUUCCUUUAACGCCUAUUGAGGUUGAUGAUGAGGCUAUGGACUUGAACAAGGAAUUGAUGUCCAAACUGCUUGAGCUAGAUGAUGUCGAUGCUGUAUACACAGACCAGAAAUGAUUAUACCUACCACAGUUUUUAGAGUUAAUCCUUCUUUCAUCAUCUCAGCUGCUCAGCAAUUAACCUGAGGUUUUGGGGCUGUUGGAUUUGCGGCUUGCAGUUUACUCUCAUGGAUCAAGUGAAAGGUAAAUGGGCCUUCACUAUACGAGUACUAGAACUGUCACCUAGAAAAUGGGUAAAGUCUAGAUAGCACAAUGAAUAAUUUCUUGAAGAAGACUCAUCUUUAUUACCCUUAAAUGCAGUCAACAGUAGCUGGAAAUUGCCCAUUUUGUCAAGUGGGAGAUGAAUCAUAGUUUCAUUAA